GAGGGGCGGCCGCCGCCCGCCUGCGCUCAGAGACUCACGCAGCCCCAGUCCCGCCAGUCCGCCAACACUGUAGUGCCGGCCCCCCUGCUUUCCUGGCCCUUCCCCCUCCCCGCCUUUGGCUCGCUCCGCCUUUCUGCCCCCCACCCCCACCUCACGGGCACGGGCCAUUCCCGGCCAGGAAACGCCGUGGCGCCGCGUUGGGCCUAACUCGAGUCCUGCUGCCUCCCGGGAGUGCCGUGCGCCGCAGCCCGGGCCCAGGCCCCGGCAGCGCCUGGGACAAGGUCUUCAGAGCUACUGGAAGAUAAUUUUUGGGGACUUCAUAUUCAGAGGUCUAUAAAAAGGCUUCCUCAUGUCCAUAACAUGUUGGUUGAGGCUCCGCAGCUCACCCCCACUCUCAGAGUGGCCAGUCUCCAUUAAUUGGACCCCGUGAUUUCUACUUUCUGCUGUGUUGGACGUCAUGAGCAUUGCAAUCCCUCUGGGAGUCACCACACCAGAUACAUCCUACUCAGAUAUGGCUGCUGGAUCAGACCCUGAAUCUGUGGAGGCUAGUCCAGCAGUUAAUGAGAAGAGCGUGUAUUCCACUCAUAAUUAUGGGACCACUCAGAGGCAUGGGUGUCGAGGACUGCCUUAUGCUGAUCAUAAUUACGGAGCCCCUCCUCCUCCGACACCUCCUGCUUCUCCCCCUGUCCAGACGAUCAUCCCUCGUUCUGACCUGAAUGGCCUGCCGUCGCCCGUAGAGGAACGCUGUGGAGACAGCCCGAACUCUGAAGGAGAGACUGUUCCUACCUGGUGUCCUUGUGGUCUUUCUCAGGAUGGCUUCCUUCUCAGCUGUGACAAGUGCAGGGGAAUGAGCAGGGGGAAGGUUAUUAGACUUCAUCGGCGGAAGCAGGACAACAUAUCAGGUGGGGAUAGCAGUGCAACAGAAAGCUGGGAUGAGGAGCUUUCUCCUUCCACUGUGUUGUAUACAGCAACACAGCACACACCUACAAGCAUCACCUUAACUGUUAGAAGAACCAAACCCAAGAAGCGCAAAAAGAGUCCAGAAAAGGGUCGUGCAGCACCAAAGACGAAGAAAAUCAAGGCAUUUCGAGAGGGAUCCCGGAAGUCCUUGCGGAUGAAGAAUUCUCCUUCUGAAGCACAGAAUUUAGAUGAGAAUACAACUGAGGGAUGGGAAAAUCGGAUAAGACUGUGGACUGAUCAGUAUGAAGAAGCUUUCACUAAUCAGUACAGUGCAGAUGUACAGAACGCCCUUGAACAACACCUACAUUCUAGCAAGGAAUUUGUGGGCAAACCUGCUAUUUUAGACACUAUUAAUAAGACUGAAUUGGCCUGUAAUAAUACAGUUAUUGGUUCCCAAAUGCAGCUACAGUUGGGAAGAGUCACUCGUGUUCAAAAGCACCGGAAGAUCCUGAGGGCUGCAAGAGAUUUGGCUUUGGACACCCUUAUAAUAGAGUAUCGAGGGAAAGUCAUGUUACGACAGCAAUUUGAGGUCAACGGGCAUUUCUUCAAAAAACCAUACCCCUUUGUGCUCUUCUACUCAAAAUUCAAUGGUGUAGAGAUGUGUGUGGAUGCACGUACUUUCGGUAAUGAUGCUCGGUUCAUCAGAAGAUCAUGUACACCAAAUGCAGAGGUACGACACAUGAUUGCAGAUGGGAUGAUUCACCUGUGUAUCUACGCUGUGUCUGCCAUCACCAAGGAUGCCGAGGUCACCAUAGCAUUUGAUUAUGAGUACAGUAACUGCAGUAAUUAUAAAGUGGACUGUGCAUGUCACAAGGGGAACCGGAAUUGCCCUAUACAGAAAAGGAAUCCCAAUGCUGCAGAACUGCCACUCCCACCUCCUCCAAGCCUGCCCACCAUCGGAGCAGAGACAAGACGUAGAAAAGCACGACGGAAAGAGCUAGAGAUGGAGCAGCAGAAUGAGGCUCCAGAAGAGGAUAACAACCAGCAACCAGAACAAGUCCCUGAGAAAGUAAAUGUAUCCAGUGACCAUGAGGAAAUAGACAAUCCAGAAGAAAAAGUAGAAGAAGAGAAAGAAGAAGUUACAGAUGACCAGGAGAACCCAGCUCAUAGCAGGAGGACCCGGGAAGAUAGGAAGGUCGAAGCCAUCAUGCAUGCUUUCGAAAACUUAGAGAAAAGAAAGAAGCGGCGGGAUCAGCCCUUGGAACAAAGCAACUCUGACAUAGAGAUUACUAGCACCACCUCAGAGACUCCUGUGGGAGAAGAAACAAAAACUGAAGCCGCUGAGUCUGAAGUUAGCAACUCUGCUUCAAACGUUGCCAUCCCGAGCACCCCACAGAGUGUUGGAGUGAACACCCGGAGGUCUUCGCAAGCAGGGGAUGUUGCUGCAGAAAAACCAGUCCCCAAACCACCUCCAGCAAAGCCUUCUCGGCCCCGACCGAAGAGUCGAAUUUCUCGGUACCGGACCAGUUCAGCCCAAAGACUAAAGCGUCAGAAGCAGGCCAUUGCACAGCAGGCGGAGUUGUCACAAGCUGCCUUGGAAGAGGGAGGAAAUAACAGCUCAGUAACUCCUACUGAAGCUGGAAGUAUAGAUAGUUCAGGAGAAAACAGGCAAUUAACAGGGUCUGACCCAACUGUGGUAUCAGUUACUGGAUCCCACAUCAACCGUACUGCAUCUAAAUACCCCAAAACCAAAAAGUAUCUAGUUACAGAAUGGUUGAAUGACAAAGCGGAGAAGCCAGAAUGCCCUGUUGAGUGCCCUUUACGUAUCACCACGGAUCCAACUGUACUGGCAACGACCCUGAAUAUGUUACCUGGUCUUAUCCAUUCCCCGUUAAUUUGCACCACCCCCAAACACUACAUUCGUUUUGGCUCACCCUUUAUCCCAGAGAGGCGUCGAAGGCCCCUUCUGCCUGAUGGCACGUUCAGCUCCUGUAAAAAGCGCUGGAUAAAGCAAGCCUUGGAAGAAGGGAUGACUCAGACAUCAUCUGUACCCCAAGAGACUAGAACUCAGCACCUAUACCAAAGUAAUGAGAAUAGCAACUCUUCUAGUAUCUGCAAAGACAAUGCAGACUUGUUGAGCCCAUUAAAGAAAUGGAAGUCUCGCUAUCUGAUGGAGCAGAAUGUCACCAAGUUACUGCGGCCUCUUUCUCCAGUCACACCACCCCCUCCCAAUCCAGGCUCAAAGAGCCCCCAGCUGACCACACCUGGCCCAUCUCACCCAGAAGAGGAGUGUCGAAAUGGAUACAGCCUCAUGUUCUCACCAAUCACGUCUCUUACUACUGCUAGUCGCUGCAAUACUCCUCUGCAGUUUGAGAACAUAUCCUCCCCUGAGAGUUCCCCUGCGAAUAGGCCCGAGUCCCUGUCACCCGAGCUUUGUCACCGAAAAGACCUGGACUUGACAAAAGUAGGCUACCUUGACUCCAACACUAACAGCUGUGCUGACAGACCUUCCCUGAUCAACUCGGGUCAUUCUGACCUGGCUCCUCAUCCCUCCAUCGGGCCCACCUCUGAGACUGGCUUUCCAAGUAGGAGUGGAGAUGGACAUCAGACCCUUGUGAGAAACUCGGACCAGGCAUUUCGGACAGAGUUUAACUUAAUGUAUGCCUACUCCCCAUUGAACGCUAUGCCUCGAGCAGAUGGAUUGUAUCGUGGAUCUCCUCUAGUAGGGGAUAGGAAGCCUUUACAUUUGGAUGGGGGAUAUUGUUCCCCUGCAGAAGGGUUUCCCAGCAGAUAUGAACAUGGUUUUAUGAAAGACCUCUCUCGUGGAUCUAUGUCACCUGGUGGCGAAAGGGCUUGUGAAGGAGUCCCAUCUGCCCCCCAGAACCCACCGCAGAGGAAAAAGGUGUCCCUGCUGGAGUACCGCAAACGGAAACAAGAAGCCAAGGAGAAUUCUGCCAGUGGGGGAGGGGACUCUGCACAGAGCAAAAGCAAGUCUGCAGGAGCUGGGCAGAGUGGCAGUAACUCACUGUCAGAUGCUGGUGCCCAUGGUGUGCAGGGGUCCUCAGCCCGGACUCCAUCUUCCCCUCACACAAAAUUCUCCCCAUCCCAUUCCUCUACGUCACAUAUGGAGGCGGUCAGCCCAUCAGAUUCCAGAGGCACUUCAUCUCACUGCAGACCUCAAGAGAAUAUCAGCAGUAGGUGGAUGGUUCCCACGUCAGUAGAACGACUUCGAGAGGGAGGGAGCAUCCCCAAGGUCCUCAGAACCAGUGUGAGGGUGGCCCAAAAAGGAGAGCCUUCUCCCACUUGGGAAAGUACCAUCACAGAGAAAGACUCAGACCCUGCAGAUGGAGAAGGCCCGGAGACACUGAGCUCAGCGCUCUCUAAAGGAGCAGCCGUUUACAGCCCUUCCAGAUACAGCUACCAGCUCCUGCAGUGUGAUAGUCCACGGACAGAAUCACAAAGCCUCCUUCAACAGAGUUCCUCCCCCUUUAGAGGACAUCCUACCCAAUCUCCAGGAUACAGUUAUCGAACUACUGCACUGAGACCUGGAAAUCCCCCCUCUCAUGGUUCUUCAGAAUCCUCCCUCUCUUCUACGUCGUAUUCCAGCCCUGCCCACCCUGUGUCCACAGACUCGUUGGCCCCAUUUACGGGGACACCAGGGUAUUACAGCAGCCAGCCACAUUCUGGAAACAGCACCGGCAGCAAUCUUCCAAGGAGGAGCUGCCCUUCUAGUGCUGCUAGCCCUAGCCCACAGGGCCCCUCAGACUCGCCGACCUCAGACUUGGUUUCCCAGCCCAGCACAGGAACUCUGAGUUCCACCUCCUUUCCUCAGAACUCUAGGUCGUCAUUGCCAUCAGACUUACGGACUAUCAGUCUGCCCAGUGCUGGGCAGUCAGCUGCCUACCAGGCCUCCAGGGUAUCUGCGGUUUCCAAUUCACAGCACUACUCACACCGCGGGAGUGGGGGUGUGCACCAGUACCGACUCCAGCCACUGCAAGGGUCAGGAGUCAAGACUCAGACAGGACUUUCCUAGGGCUUCUGGAUUUGGGCAAACAGAACUGAAUGAGCCCAUAGCUGCUUCCUUCCAGCUGCCUCUGGAACCUAGGCCGAGCAUAUUGCUGGGGAAGGGGGUACAAGGUGCCAGAGGAUUGGGUCUGGUCGACAAGAAACAAGACUUGUGGUCGCGACUGGCUCUGGCCUUGGAGAAAGAUGUAAAUCUUGUCUGAAGCAGAGACUAUAAAGAAGUUUCUCCCUGCUGUUAAGGGUACAUUGUUGACAAGCAAAUGGUGUUUCGGUUAGUAAUGGUUCUAAGUGCAAUGAGUUGUGUUGAAGCCUUUGUCUCCCAUCCUUGCCUGUAGCCUGUAGUCACUUGUGCAGUGAGGACAUCUUUUUAAAUACAAAAAAAAAAAAAAAAAAAAAACCAUUUUUUUC